CUCUCUCUCUCUCUCUCCCGAAAAAAUAAUUCCAUGAACCAAAUGGAUUUUGAUUUAUCAUUUUCUUUGUUUUUUGACAAUAUGUUGAAGAUUUACAGUUGUAUAUUUAGGCCGAAGAAGAAGCACUAAUGAUGCAACAAUUUGCUGCAAGUGAAACUGAGCAGGUCGAGCAGAGGAUACGGCCUUAUGUUGAUCAAGUUCUAAUGUAUGAAGAUCCACAUAGACAGGAGGCAGCGCGAAAAACAGUACCUGUGGACAAACUUGAGGAGAAAGCACUGAUUGCCUUGGCCAGGGUAAGGGCUUUUAUCUUCAAUCUCUACGGUUUACAAAUUUGUCCAAAGUUAAAAUGUGCUUUAUCUUAUUAGAUAGUUGAGAAUAUC